CAAGGAUAAACUCUUCCACAAAAACCUCAUCCGGAGCGAGGCUGAAUGGGAAGAUGUCUGUGCUGCCUAUUUCCUCCUUCAGAGACAUUUAUGCAGUCAAUCUAAAGGAAGGUGCCUGAAACGUGGCGAAGAUGGUACACUUCACUGUCGAGUUGCAUCUUAUACUUCAUCCUCAACAACUGAAUAUAUCCCCAUCGAUCGGUCUUUGAGUGCCGAGGAGUUAUCUACAUAUAUUGAGCUUGGGUGGGCAAAGAAAGAGUUAGGUGGGACGUAUACUAUCUCUCCUGAAUGGCAACCGGGUCGGUGGAGUUACGCAACAGAUGGACUGCAUCAAUGGAGUCCAGUGAGUCCUUAUAUAUUUUGUAUUUUUCGGUCUAGUUGUAAUGUGCAACUGGUGGAUUUUACUAUGGCGGCUCGCUAUUUAGCAUCAUACGCUGCUGGUGCUGAAGAGCAUAUAAGGACGAGACUUCGCGCCACUGGUCCAACGUCUACUGAAGUUGUUAUAGGGAAUCUCGAGAAUAUUAAAUUAUCUGGUGGUAGGGCGCAGAAGAAGAGGUCUGAGAAGGAGAUACAGGGACGAAUUUUAUCUCUUCCAGAGGCCAUCUUUUACAUAAUGCGCUUACGGUAUGUGGUUACAAGCGCAGCUUUUGUUCAUGUACGAACUGAUCCGUCGGACGAGCGUCCAGUUGUUAAACUUAACAAAAAUAGAGUUGAGGCCCGGGAUCAUGCUACGGGGUUCCAUAUUCCACAGGUAGAUGUUCGUAGAGACU